AUGGCCCAAGCAGUAUGGUCCAUUGGUUACAAUGUAGUUUCUGACUGUGUAUUGCUACCGACAAUUCUCAGGUGUGAUAUGAAUAUAAGGAGCUCACUGACCAGUGGGAGCCGCAGGCGGAUUUCCUGUAAAGAUCUAGGUCAUGGUGAUUGUGAAGGCUGGCUUUGGAAGAAAAAAGAUGCCAAAGGCUACUUUACACAGAAAUGGAAGAAAUACUGGUUUAUCUUGAAGGACUCCUCAUUGUACUGGUAUACAAACCAAAAUGAUGAGAAGGCAGAAGGUUUUAUCAGUCUACCAGAAUUCAGGAUAGACAGAGCCAUUGAAUGCAGGCGGAAACAUGCUUUUAAAGCUUGUCACCCCAAAAUUAAGAGCUUCUACUUUGCCACCGACUGCCUAGAAGAAAUGAACAGAUGGAUGAAUCGUCUGGGCCUAGCUGCCAUUGGUUAUACACCUGAUGAGAAGGAAGUCAGACCUGAUGAAGAUUAUUGGAGUGAAAGUGACCAAGAUGAUAUUGAUGGCUCCUUAACACUGAAGCAAGAAGGUCCUUCAGCACUGUGUGAUACAUACCUUCCAGCUUCCUCUGUAAAUUCAACAAGUCCUUUCCCAGAGCCUAAACAUGGUCGGCAUUUUUCAAGUGAAUCCACAUAUUCCCAAUCCUCUGCAGAGGAUUCUCGGCAAGAUGCAACAGGAAGCACACAUUCUUCUGGUUGUAGACCUCCAUACAGGGAAAGACGCUCAUGGCAGGAUUUAAUAGAGACUCCCUUGACUAGCUCAGGGUUACAUUUUCUUCAAACUAUUCCCCAUGAUAUAGACUACAUUGCAGGCCGGUCAGGGAUGUCACCAGAAAGGAGAAGACAAGCAACACUUCCAGUGCAGAGACGACAUAUCCAUGACCGUGAUGGGCCUUUCCCACUAACUGAAUAUGAAAUGGGACCUAGUUCCCGGGGUAGACCUCAUAAACAGCGUAGCCAGAGUCUGCCAAGAAAUAGGGACGUAAGAGGAAAAGGACAUAUAAGACCAAGUGGACUAUCAGAAGAAAAAUCAGAAGAUGAAGAAAUUAAUUUCAGGAGUAAUGGAUCAAGCAGAGAAGGUAAUCAGAAUGACCAGGAGUCCACAGAUGGGCUACAAGAGCUGUACAAAUCCAUUGAGCAGGCGAGUUUAUCAGCCUUUGGAGAGCAGCGCCCUUCUACAAAGCAGGAGUUCAGGAGAUCUUUUGUAAAGAGAUGCAAUGAUCCCAUUGUUAAUGAAAAGAUGCACCACAUCCGAGCAUUAAGGAGUACUUUAAAGGCUAAGGAAGGGGACUUGGCAAUUAUAAACCAGCUUCUUGACGAUCCCACUCUGACAUCAAAGAAGUUCAGAGAAUGGAAGCAAAUGAACUAUGAGUUGUUCCUUGACAUUUGUGAGUACAGCGCUGCUCUGUCACCCCAGAAUGGGGCCUCUGAACUAAUGGCACCGCUGUUGAUGCAUACACACUCAUUCAUCGAAACACACGUCUGAAAACGACUUGCACAGAGAGACCACAAGAAAAUAUAUAUACAACAGUACACUGUAAUAUUUGUAAAUAAUGUAUUCUGAAGUAUUGUAAAUAUGUUGGAUAAGAAAAUAGUGCCACCAGAUGCCUAAAACAUUGCAUGUUAAGAAAGUAUUAUUAUUCUGUUUCAUCUGACUCCAUUUUUAGUUUUCUGUUGUCAAAAAACACAUGUACCGAUUUUAAACCUAGUGUUUGAAAAAAGCAGUACAAAACUGCAACCUGGAAACAAACUCUGCACUACAAAAAGUAAGUUUGAAGACAGAAUAUCCCACUGUGUUCCUAUUGUUCUUUUUUAAUCUGAAACACUUGCCAUAAAAAAAAUCCAAAAUUACCUUUUUUUUUAUUCUCGCUCAUGAGAAUAAAAGGCCCAGAAGGAUUUUCCUUUGUUUUUUCAAUAGAUACUUCUGAGACAUAAACAACUGACCCACAUUUAAAGGAAAUUAGUAACAAAGCCUUUACUUAAUUUUGCUUUUAAUUAAGCUAUGAAAAUUAUUUUAUCAUAUGUUUUGUUUUUUAAAGUAAUGUAAAACAUGAGUGUCAUCCUGGAAAUGAUUCCAUCAGAUUCUCCCUUCAAUGAAUGGGUACCAUGCCCAUAUUGGCAAGUCCACUGCAUUUCUAAAUGUUCUAAUUUGACUAGGGUUGUUGAAUUUUGAAAAUAACCCUUAUCCAGUAUGGUACACCAUAAGCACCAUUUUAUUUAUUUUUCUUUUUAAACAUGUAAUAUAUUGAGAUAUCACAUAUCUUAUGCUAUGGAGAGCAGGACUCAGUUGUUAAUGUGUUUUAAGACAAAACUGUAGUCAUUAUGGCAAUUAUUGCAUAAGGGAAUGCCUUCAAUACACACUGCCAUGUGUGACCAUUGUAUCUGCAAGAGAUCAUUGUUUAAAGCAGUAGUACUUGUAAGUCAACAAGAAAUUUAAUCGCAGAGCAUUUAUAGUAUUAACCUUAAUUUUGUCAAUAUAAUUAGCUUUGUGAAUUCUGUUCUUGCAUUUAAUGAUUGCAAAACUUCUUUUAUCACCUAUUUGUGGUUAAUAGUAUUAUUAUUAUUACACAAUUAUUUCAUUAAAAGUGCCCAAAGUAAUCUCACAGUAAUGAAAUACUUUCAGCAAGAUUAUUCUGGCAUUCCCUGAAAUGAAAUAUUAGAAAUAUUUAGCAGGUGUGCUUGAAAUAUAUUAGUGUAUACUUCUGAAAAUUAACACCAUGUUAAAUAGUUUGAAAGCAUAUGGUAUUACAAAGUGAACAUUAGCAGUGCAGAAAAAUGACAUACCAUGGUUUGACUUUAAAUCAGUGAAAGAUAACUUGUGUACUAAUAUCCCUGCUACAAGUAUGUUAUUCAUAAAAAGGAUGAAUUUCUUUCUGCCAUCAAGUGCUACUGCUCCAAAAACAUUUGCCAUUGGUAAAGGAUCAUAUUUUAAAAUACAUUUCAGUACACAGCUCACCUUCUAUUAAUUUUGUUUUUAAUGUUAUCUCACUCUAAUUCUAUAUUGCUGAGACCAUUUGCUUAAAAAACAAACUUUAUUCUCCAGACCUUGUCCAGUUCUGUGAUUCCUGCAAAUCUUGUUUGCCAGGCUGUCUUGUAGCAAUUAUAAAGUAAGGCAAAUUACAAAUAAUUUAUUACUUGGAUUAGCUAGAUGAAGAAAAGAACAAAAAUAUAAACAUAAAUGUUAAACAUCCCUUUUUCCAUCUGGUUCCUUCCUUGUCUAAAUGAAGAAAUACAAAAUAACUUCAUUAAUGAUGGAACCUGAGUCCUGAUUUUCUUUCCCUGUCAUAUGUUUAUAUAGUACCACAAAACGUCAUUCUUGUCCACAGCAAGUACACGGGACAGAACAGAGAGUAUGAGACUGCAAGAUCAGUGCGCACAGUUCCUGAAAAGCACAAAUUCUUCCAAUUACUCAUUCAAAUGCUUAUCAGGAAUCAUAGAUGUAAACUGUGAAAACUUUCUCGUAAGGAAGCUAUGUCACCAUUCUUCACAUGGAAUGCAAGUCAGCUGGGUGUACGAUGUUUGCAUUAUUUUGUGACAAUUCUUUGAAUUAAUUUGCUCACAUCUUUUAAAUGCACUACUUUUAUUAUGCAUGACAGAACUGCUCUGGGUGUCUACAUCAUUAAGCCUGGACCCUUUAUAGUCAGAGUAGGGUCAUUUGGUCUGAUGUAUGGCCCCAUAAAGGACAAAGGAAUCUGUCCUGCAGACCUUGAAUUUCCAGUGUCAUUGUCUAACACUUUUCAAUCUGAUUUUCAGUUUUGCAAGCUUUUAUCUUGGCAGGCAAUGCUUCAUGUAUCACAAAGUAUUGCUGUAAAAAUGCUUAUGACCACAAAUGUAGAUAUUUAUGGCCAAAAAAGACAAGUAAUCUGAAAAAGUCUGAAUGUCUGGAGGUGUUCUUUAAUGGAAAUGUCCUCAGUGAUUUGGAAUGAGAGGCUCAGCUGUGAUAUCAAUGAAAAAUUCAUUUAAACUCAGUACGAGUAUUAUACAGUAUGAGAAUAUUUCCAAGUAACUGAAAAAAUCACUUUCAUGACUAAAGUAGAAGAAUCAAUCGGAAAUGUUCCAAACUCUGUCAAAGUAUCAAUAGCAGUUCAAAAAACUGUGGUGCAUUGCCUAUCAAUGAGGCAAAAUAGUGUGUGCAUGUACUUGGAAAGCAUUAUGCAAAAUAAUCAAUAAUGUACAUUGCCAUUUCAUUUGUUUGGAGAUCUGUGUUAAUUUUACUGCUCAUUGGAUAUUCAUUCAUUUACUUAUUUUGAUUAUUUUAACAUGUCAUUUUUUUUCCAAAUAUAAAAGCAAACUUAUUUUAUUAUUAUUCAGCAUCUGCAAUAACAUCAACCAAAAGGAGGAUGUGAACAGAAUGAAAUAUGAACUGUAAACAUUUAAGGCUGCAACUAUGACUGUUAACUUUAGCAUGUAUAAUUUAUUAAACUAAGUUAUUUUUGUGGUGAUGUGAUCCUCAUAAAAAGACUACCAGACAUUUACGGAUUACUUUGUAUCAAGCUAAUAAGCAACUUUACAUGUGUAAACAAAACUUGAAGUUAUUUUGUUAGGCACAAACAAACUGGUUACUGAUAUACAGAGAUUAUAUAUAGAGAGAAAUAUAUAUAGUAUAUAUUUUUUGUUAAAAAAUGCAGUUGUACCCUCCACAGUGAUGGCUUUUGGUACACUUCAGAUAUAUCUGCAGCCUUCCAUGAAUGGUAAAAGCAUUGCCAUUGUGGUAAAAGUAGAUACACUGCAACCAAGAUCUAAAGACUUCCAUGCACGUUUUAAUCAUUUUGCUCAGUAUCAGUUGUAAUCUUCUUAGGUGAUAAGCAAACAAGACGGUAGAAUACAGACUGGAAGUUCAGUCAGUGCAUCAUGCCAAAACUACACUCAUGUUAAGUAUCUUCCUAGUGAGAUUUGGCUUGCCCCAAGUCCACCGUGGGAAGACAAGAUUACUAAGUAUCCAGGCCACACGAGUCGUAGAGGUCUUCCUGGCAUGCAUUAAUUUAUUUGCUUUUUUAUACUACAAAGUUUUUCAAAAUAUAGAAAUCUCAUGUAGAAGAAAGGAUAACUCACAUAAUCCACACUGUGCAUGCACACAAACAUAUGCACACUUGUUGGUGUUUAUAAAGAAAGUAGCUCUGAUAUGAUUUAAGAAAACCAGAGCUGUAAUGCAUCUUAUGUAACCCCAUACUUUGUGUUGUUUUAAGCCAUGUCAUCCAGUUUUAUAAUGGAACUGAAAACUGUGUCAUUUUUUUCUUUAAUCUGGGAAUGCUUCAUUCUUCCUAAUGUGUCCAGUCCACAUGCUCAGGUUUUAAUAUUACUUGCUUCAUAAUUGUUUAUGGUACCCAAUACUAUAAACAUCUGAAGCCUUAAUUGAAAACAAGAUUCCCUAGUUCAAAGUUUUUAUCUAAACUCUUUGCUCUGCUGGUGAAAGGCUUCAAGUAGAAACUUAUAUAAAUCAUCUACAGAAUGCUAAAUGGAGAUUCCACCAUCCUUUUUCACUUCUGAGUUUGCUUAUUCUACCUGCCCUGUCCCUCAUUACAUGGACAGUUGCAGUCGGCCACUAAUUCCAGACGUUAGAGUUUCAGACUUAUUACUGUUCAUAAAAUACAUCAAAAUGCAAGAAUGAGCCUUUCAUGAAGACCUCAGCUGGUGCAGAAGGCUAAACCUCUGCUCAGUUAUGUGGAGCUGCUUUCUGUACCAGUGGAACAGGAUUCAAAGCCUUUUCAUCCCCUUAUCUUGCUUUUUUAAGCUGACAUGGGAAAUAGUUAAAUAAGCUCCACGGUGUCCAGCAUUAGCACAGAUGACUAAAGUCCUGUUUUUGUUAAGGGGUUGCUUAUAGAAAUAUUUAAAGCAUAUCCCUGGUGUAUAGUGUUACCCUGCCAUAUGUCUUUUGUGCUGCAAAACUAUUGUCCUAUUAACAUUUUAAGUGAUUUUUGUGGUAGUAUUUUAAGAGUAUCUAUGGUGUGUAGUGUCAUCCCCAAACUAUUUCAGGAUUUGUUCAUUAGCCUAGCCCUCACAUACACACACUCACCUACCCUACAUUUCCCCUAACUCCCAUACUGUGACCACCAACACAGGCACACAGAUACAUGCAAGGAUCAUGUGACUAGCUCACCGUCAGUUUUGUUAUUUCAGUGAAAAUGUUUCACCAAAAGCACUUUCACUGACAGUGGAGAAUUUCCUUUUCUUCAAUGUUGCACAACCUCAGUUUAAAUAUAUUUAAGUUUGAGAGGUGUGGUGUCCCCCCCCCCGCCCACAUGGGGAGUGCACGUGGG